UUGUGUGUUGCAGGGAGGAUGCCAGCCCCGGAGCAGCAGCCCCCCGCGCUGGACGAGGGGCUGUCGCCGCCCGCGCAGGAAGCGGCCGCCGGCCCCGGCAGCGAGGCGGAGGCGACGGCCACCACCAUCCUGGCGUCCGUGAAGGAGCAGGAGCUCCAAUUUCAAAGACUUACCAGAGAACUGGAAGUGGAAAGGCAAAUUGUGGCUAAUCAGCUAGAAAGAUGUAGGCUUGGAGCAGAAUCACCAAGUAUCGCCAGCACAAGCUCCACUGAGAAAUCAUUUCCCUGGAGAUCAUCAGAUGCUCCAGGCAGCAGUGCAAACAAACCCCGCGUGUCAGAGAGCACUCAUACCAAUGCCUACCACGUCCGGACAGAGCCGGAGCAGGGGAGCCUUUACUCUCCAGAACAGACGUCUCUCCAUGAAAGUGAGGGGUCUGUAGGUAACUCAAGAAGUUCAACACAAAUGAAUUCUUAUUCUGACAGCGGGUACCAGGAAGUAAGCAGUUUCCAUAACAGCCAAAACCUGAGCAAAUCAGAAAAUAGACAGCAAUAUUCCCUCAUUGGAACAGCUAACAACCACUUGGUGAGAAGUUCGCAAGCUGAAGGACAGGCUUUAGUUCAGCCGUCAGCGAGCGUCGCUCCCAACCGCACCAUGAGACGCGUGAGCUCGGUGCCCUCGCGGGCGCAGUCUCCCUCCUACGCGGUGGGCACGGGCGUCUCGCCGUCACGCGGCUCACUGCGCGCCUCCCUGGGCAGUGCCUACGGCUCUCCGCCACUCGCUGAGCCCAGGGCCCUUCCUGCGAGCACCUACUCGUCCACGACGCUGCCGGCGCCGCGCGCCGCCUCCCCGUACGCCGCACAGAGAGCUGCCUCCCCGCCGGCCACGCGGCGCCUCGCCCGCCAGGCGUCGAACCCCAACGGUGCCGCCGCCCACUACCUGGCCUCGGCCCGCGUUGGCUCCCCUCUGGCCCUCGCCGAUAUGCAAGCCCGAGUAGCCUCUCCCUCUCAAACCCAGCUGGAAUCUUCUUCCCCAAAACGCUCCGGCAUGACGGCGGUCCCACAGCACUUGGGAACAACGUUGCAAAGGACAAUUCAUGAUAUGGAACCGUAUGGACAGCAGUACGAGAUAUACGAGAGGAUGGUCCCGCCGCGUCCAGACAGCCUUACAGGCCUGCGCAGCUCGUACGCCAGUCAACACAGCCAGCUGGGACAAGAGCUGCGGUCCGCCGUGUCUCCCGACUUGCACAUCACGCCUAUCUACGAGGGCAGGACGUACUACAGCCCGGUGUACCGCAGUCCCAAUCACGGCACCGUCGAGCUGCACCAGGGCUCCCAGGCGGCCCUGUACCGAACGGGCUCAGGAGUUGGGAACCUGCAGAGAUCGUCCAGUCAGCGCAGCACGCUCACCUACCAAAGAAAUAACUACGCGCUGAGCACAGCGGCCACCUACGCAGAGCCCUACAGGUCGGUGCCUUUCCGGCUCUCGGAGCCCAUGUACAGCCGGCUGCAGCACGCAGCGCCCGCCGACGAUGGCACCACGCGCUCCCCCUCCAUAGACAGCAUCCAGAAGGACCCCAGGCAAUUUGCGUGGCGAGACCCAGAGCUGCCCGAGGUCAUUCACAUGCUGCAGCACCAGUUCCCCUCGGUGCAGGCCAACGCUGCCGCCUACCUGCAGCACCUCUGCUUCGGGGACAACAAGGUGAAGACGGAGGUGUGUCGGCUGGGAGGAAUCAAGCACCUGGUGGACCUGCUGGAUCACAGGGUGCUGGAGGUGCAGAAGAAUGCAUGCGGGGCGCUCAGGAACCUCGUCUACGGGAAGUCUACCGACGAGAACAAGGUCGCCAUGAAGAACGUCGGGGGGAUACCUGCCCUUUUGCGACUGCUGAGAAAAACUAUGGAUGCAGAAAUAAAAGAGCUCGUAACAGGCGUCCUCUGGAACCUGUCCUCCUGCGACGCUGUGAAGAUGACCAUCAUCAGGGACGCGCUGUCCACACUGACCAGCACCGUCAUCGUGCCCCACUCCGGCUGGAACAGCUCCUCCUUUGACGACGACCAUAAAAUGAAGUUCCAGACGUCGCUGGUUCUGCGCAACACCACCGGAUGCCUCAGGAACCUGAGCUCUGCAGGUGAAGAAGCCCGGAAGCAAAUGAGGUCCUGCGAAGGGCUGGUUGAUUCACUGCUCUAUGUGAUCCAUACAUGUGUGAACACGUCAGAUUAUGACAGCAAGACAGUGGAAAACUGCGUGUGUACCCUGAGAAACCUCUCCUACCGCUUGGAGCUGGAGGUGCCUCAGGCGCGUCUGCUGGGCAUCAGCGAGCUGGAUGACUUGUUGGGAAAGGAGUCACCCAGCAAAGACUCAGAGCCCAGUUGCUGGGGGAAAAAGAAGAAGAAGAAAAAAAAAGCUUCACAGGAGGAUCAGUGGGAUGGAGUUGGCCCUAUACCAGGAUUUUCCAAGUCUCCUAAAGGGGUGGAAAUGCUGUGGCACCCGUCUGUAGUAAAACCCUACCUGACGCUGCUGGCAGAAAGCUCCAACCCAGCGACUCUGGAGGGCUCCGCGGGAUCCCUGCAGAAUCUCUCUGCAGGCAACUGGAAGUUUGCAGCAUACAUUCGAGCUGCUGUGAGGAAGGAAAAGGGACUGCCAAUCCUCGUGGAGCUGCUGAGAAUGGAUAACGAUAGAGUCGUUUCUUCGGUGGCCACUGCCCUAAGGAACAUGGCACUGGAUGUUCGUAACAAGGAGCUUAUUGGUAAAUAUGCCAUGCGGGAUCUGGUGAAUCGACUUCCCGGAGGCAACGGGCCCAGUGUGCUGUCCGAUGAGACCGUAGCUGCAAUCUGUUGUGCCCUGCAUGAGGUCACGAGCAAGAACAUGGAAAACGCCAAAGCCCUCGCCGACACCGGCGGGAUAGAAAAGCUGGUGAACAUAACCAAGGGAAGAGGUGACAGGUCUUCACUGAAAGUGGUCAAGGCAGCUGCCCAGGUACUGAAUACGUUAUGGCAAUACCGAGACCUCCGUAGCAUUUAUAAAAAGGAUGGAUGGAAUCAGAGUCAUUUCAUUACACCAGUGUCCACACUAGAGCGAGAGAGAUUCAAAUCGCAUCCUUCUUUAUCGACAACGAACCAACAGAUGUCCCCUGUCAUACAGUCAGUUGGCAGCACAUCCUCCUCACCGGCUUUAUUAGGAAUUAGAGAGCCCCGCUCGGAAUAUGAUAGAACGCAACCUUCUAUGCAGUACUACAGUAACCAAGGUGACGUCAUUACACAUAAAGACAUAUAUACUGGUUCCAGCAAAGCUUCACCAAUUUACAUCAGUUCUUAUUCCUCACCAGCAAGAGAACAAAACAGACGACUACAGCAUCAGCAAUUGUACUACAGUCAGGAGGAUACCAACAGAAAAAACUAUGAUGCAUACAGGUUAUAUUUGCAAUCCCCACAUAGCUACGAAGACCCGUAUUUCGAUGACCGAGUUCACUUUCCUGCUGCUUCAGAUUACACAACACAAUAUGGACUGAAAUCAACCACAAAUUACGUAGACUUUUACUCCACCAGACGAUCUUCUUAUAGAGCAGAACAGUACCCAGGUUCACCUGACUCCUGGGUGUAGCAUUAAAGAAUAAUAAUAAUAAAAAAGGUUUAUUUCUCAUCUUGCUUGAGAAGAAGUGGAAUGGCCUCAUUUGCUGUUUUGGUGAUGAAAUGUGAAAGUGAAGUAAAAGAAGGAACAAAGGAGUAUUUUUUUUUUAAAUAAGGAAUUAUGAGGAAGGUGUAAGAAAAACUGGAAGGGAUGGGGGUUUUGCUCUGUUUAGAUGUUAGGCAUUAAUUACUAGUAGCUCCUGUAGUCUGGUGAGGGUGUGGGCGAUGUGAUGAAAGGUUUGAGAAUUGACUAAAAUGAAUUUUGAAAGUGUGUAGGUCAGAGCAAAUUAAAGCUGAUUUUUUUAAUGUGAAUAAAAGUCUUGUUCUGAUAGUUUGUACAGAAAAAAAUAAAAUGGAUGCCCUGGUUUUAUUGCUAUUACUAAAUGUCAAGAUUGUAUGCUAUUACGUCUUGUAAAUUUAUUUUGUUGGUGUAAAUAUGGAAAUGCCACAUU